CGUCGACUCACGCGCACUCACUCAGCAGCGCGAGGCGGCGGACGGUGCGCAAUAGAGGCGUUCAUUGGGGACGAUCGGGGUUUUAUUUAUUUGUUUUGUUUUGUUUUUUUCUUAUUGUACCACCACGCUCGAUAGCACUGGAAUAUUCUUCCAAAAAAACUUGCACGCGUGGAAGGUAAACAACAACACGUUCGCAGCAAUGGAGAACGCGUCCAUCAAUGGCCGGUUCAGGAUUCCAGUCUUUAACCACGAUGAAGAGAACUCAAGCCACACCAAAGACGAUUCUGAUCUGGACUCUGAGCUGGAGAAUAUCAUGGGCCAUGACACUGCAAGGGAGGAGCACCUGUUUGCCCCUUGUGAGGCUGAAGGUCAUGAAUAUUCCCACACAGUGGUAUCGGCCACAUAUUUAAGGCUUCCAUCAUUAUGCAAAGCCCUCGGGGAGGUUGAGCCUGACCCAAAGCACAACAUUAAGGGUGGCUAUGUGGAUCUGCCACCUACUUUCAACCCAUCAUCCAUCAGCUCUUCCAGACCCAAGAGUCCAUGGGGUUGCUUUGACCCUUAUGACUCCAUUGAGGACCAGGAUAAAGAAUAUGUGGGCUUCGCAACCUUGCCAAAUCAAGUGCACCGCAAAUCAGUGAAAAAGGGCUUCGACUUCACUCUAAUGGUAGCAGGGGAGUCUGGAUUGGGCAAGUCCACCCUUAUCAACAGCCUCUUCCUUACAGAUCUUUACAAAGACAGAAAACUUCUCAAUGCUGAAGAGCGGAUCACUCAGACAGUGGAAAUCACAAAGCACACAGUGGACAUUGAGGAGAAGGGUGUAAAACUCAGGCUCACCAUUGUGGACACACCAGGCUUUGGGGAUGCAGUUAACAACACUGAGUGCUGGAAGUCUGUAGCCGAUUACAUUGACCAGCAAUUCGAGCAGUACUUCAGAGACGAGAGUGGCCUGAACCGUAAAAACAUUCAGGACAACCGCGUGCACUGCUGUCUUUACUUUAUUUCACCUUUUGGUCAUGGUCUCAGGCCUUUGGAUGUAGAGUUUAUGAAAGCCCUACAUGAAAAAGUCAACAUUGUGCCAGUCUUGGCCAAGGCAGACACACUCACCCCCGGGGAGGUAAAGAAAAAGAAAAUGAAGAUUCGAGAAGAAAUCGAGCAAUACGGGAUUAAAAUCUACCAGUUUCCUGAUUGUGAUUCAGAUGAGGAUGAGGAGUUCAAACAGCAAGAUCAUGAACUGAAGGAGAGCAUUCCUUUUGCAGUGAUCGGCAGUAACACAGUCGUUGAGGCGAAAGGAAAGAGAGUGCGGGGUCGACUUUACCCCUGGGGCAUUGUAGAGGUGGAGAACUCUGCACACUGUGAUUUCAUAAAGCUGAGAAACAUGCUGGUGCGCACACACAUGCAGGACCUGAAGGAUGUGACGCGGGAAACUCACUAUGAGAACUACAGAGCCCAGUGCAUCCAAAGCAUGACACGCAUGGUGGUAAAAGAGCGCAAUCGCAAUAAACUCACUAGAGAGAGUGGCACAGACUUCCCCAUUCCCACAGCUCCCAAUGCAACAGACACAGAGACAGAAAAACUGAUCCGCGAGAAAGAUGAAGAGCUGCGGCGGAUGCAGGAGAUGCUGCAGAAGAUCCAGGAGCAGAUGCACACCCAGAAGGAAGCCUAUUAACCCUUGCAUGUGCCAUUCACAUUUGCCACGGUGCCACUUUUCUGCCUGACCUUCAUGCUUGAGGACUUGCCAUCUCAUACAGACCCCUCUCUGCUCAAUGAAGCCUCAAAAGUAGUACACAAAGCAUGCUUCAUGUCCUAGGUCUGCUUUGUCUCUAUGUGUGUGAGUCGAGUGGUUAUGGAGUUCCACUAGGUGUCAUUAAGUGCUGCAAUCUAACGCCGUUGUCUGUAGUCCACUAGCAUAUCAAAGCUACUGCAGACACAAAGAAUUUGAAACAUGUCCUUCGUGAAACAGUUUGGCCUGCUUAUAGAGAUAAAAUUAACUUAAUUCUCACUUUAGAAGUUUGCAAAAAAAAAAAAAAAAACAUGCUCUUUUUUCGCAGUGUACUAAAAUAAAGUCCAAAUAUAGUUGCUGCUUCAGACAAAACAAUUCAUUAAUAAUGGACCAGAUAAAACAAAUGAGCAUGUUAUUGUCUGGGAUUUCAUAUAGUUUAUAAAACAUUUUAGCUUUAAGAUUGAAUUUAGAAAUAAACAUAUCAAGCUAUACUUUUUCUCAUUGCUGAGGUGAGACCAUAAAGAGGACAUCUUUUUGUUUCUUUAAUGUGUAGAUUUGAUCUGCAAAGGUGCAUGUGGAACACUUUUAAUCAGAGUUUAGUGUAAAAAUAGAUCUUUGGUCCCUUACAGUCCAAUUAUUGUACCCUUAAAGCAGUUUAAAAGCAUACUCUUUAUAUCUCAAUGAAUGAUAUAUACCACAGGCAAAUAUUAUGUACCUUUUAUGAUACCACCCCAGCAGUAAGGUAAGGUACAGUUUGGUAUAUUUAUUCCAAAUAAGCAAAAAAGAAAUACAUUUGCUUGUACUCUUAGUAGAAAAAAACCCAAAUGUUGUUAAAAUUUAUGAAAGAGACCAAACUCGGUUCAGUCCAAUUACUUUUUUCUCUGUAACACAUUUAAAUUUUGUUUUUAUACCAAUCUAAGGUUACUUAAUGUUUUUGGUGGGAGUGAAUUCUACAAAGUGGCACCAUUUAAUUUUCUUUGUUUCACCAUUAUGCAUAUAUAAUUUCCUGGAUUAGCUAUUAAUUAUAGGAUCAAAACAACAAACUAUUUAAAUGUUUCUUUUUUUCUACAUCAUGGUAUAUUAUUUGUACUGUUUUGUUAAAAUGAAUGCGUUCGUCGUGCUGUAUGUACAUGUACAUGCUUUUGUUCGUAUGGCUCCAAAAGAAACAAUAGUUUCUUUACAUAGGUCAACACUGUUUUAUUUUCGUAUGAGAGUAAGAAUAAUAAUUGAAGUACUGUAGAACAAUAUUUUUCUUAACCAAGCUUACAUAUUAUUGAUUUCUUUUUACUUUCUUUCUUUCUUUCUUUUGGAAAAGAUGUUUUCCGAAAAAAAAGAUUGCAUCAUUCCAUAAGUGCAGUCUUUUUGAAACUAAUGAAAAGACAAUGUCAAAAGAAAGGAAGCGAUGCACAUAUAGAAGAAUCUUUCUUAACCCUGUGCUUAUCUUAAUGGUGUAAUAACAGAUGAAUCAAAUUCCAAUGCUUAGAUUUCUUGUUGCUAAACAUUGUAUUUAAUAGAAUCAUGACCACUGGAAUGCUAACACCACAUCUGUCAAUGUCAAUGCAUCAAACAGUAAUGAAAUCUGGAUAUUUAAGAUCGAAAUUAUGUAUGAAAAAUGUGAUCUUUUCCAAGUUUAUAAAUGACAAACUAUAAGCCAGAUACGAAUAAAGUUAAAUAUCGGAGCUGUUUCUUUCCCCUUAGGUCACCAUUUAAAUUGAAAUCAGAAAUAAAAUUACAUUUAUUAAAUUUGAAUAAAAAAAAACAAACCUAAAUGUUACUUUAGUUCCCAUAGCAUCCAUUCUAUACCUGAAGAUUGAAACUUCAGACAAAUUUGAGUUGAAUAAAUCAGCCAAAUAAAAAAAUAUUAAUGCAAAAAAACAAAACAACAUACUGCCAUUUUUUUUAUUAUUAAGAAAUCCACUGUGAGAAUCAUUAUAUAUUGAAGAAAAAAAAUGAAUGGCCUUUUCUCAUUAUUCUGCAAAUAUACCUUUAAUUUAAAGACUUAUAUACAUAUAUAUUCAUUUAAGACUACAUUUGUUAUAAAAAAAAAAAACUUUAUUUAUAGUUACUGACCAUGUUUUUGUUGAGGCACGUGAGUAGAGUCAGAACGGACGUUUUGUUUGAAGCUAUGAAUGUUAAAUGUCGGGAUAUUUUUGGCCCCAUGGUUUGUUACAUGUCUUCAUUUGAUUUUAAGCAUUUUCUUUAGGCCUCAGCUGUUGCUCUUGUGUUAUAAAGGGAACAAUAAUAUGUGGUUUUGGAUUCAGGUCUUUUUUUUUUAUAUAUAUGUAUAUGAACAUCUUUACUUUGGUUUCAAUAAAUGCAUUAAAGAUAUUGUAUAAGGGUUAUUUGUGAAGAUAAAAAUGACGAACAUAGUCUUUAAAGUAAUAAACCACUCAUCUCA